AAACACAACCGAAACCAAAAAAAAAACACUUCACUUCAUCAUCAUCUCUCAGGUGUUUGAACAGAGUCGACAACAAAAAAAAAAAAAUCCAAAAACUCAAAUGCAUUAUCCUAACAACAGACCCGAAUUCUUCGGAGCUUCACCUUCGGAUCGCGAUUUGACCCGGACCAGGUAUCCGUAUCAGGUUUCACCGGAGGAGCAAGAACUCUCGGUAAUAGUAUCCGCCUUGCAGCACGUAAUCUCAGGGGAAAACGAAACGGCGCCGUAUCAGGGCUUCUCCAGCGAUCACAGCACAGUGAUAAGCGCGGGAAUGCCUCGUUCGGAUUCCGACACGUGCCAAGUGUGUAGGAUCGACGGUUGCCUCGGUUGUAACUACUUUUUCGCGCCAAAUCAGAGAAUCGAAAACAGAACACUACAAGUAGAGGUUGAUGAAGAAGAAGGGGUUACUAGUAGAAGAGAGAGCCACGUGGCAGUGGCGGCGAAGAAAGCGGAAGGAGGAGGGAAAGUGAGGAAGAGGAAGAACAAGAAGAAUGGGUACAGAGGAGUGAGGCAGAGACCUUGGGGAAAAUUUGCAGCUGAGAUCAGAGAUCCUAAAAGAGCGACACGUGUCUGGCUCGGCACUUUUGAGACUGCUGAGGACGCGGCUAGAGCUUAUGAUCGGGCCGCUAUUGGGUUCCGUGGGCCACGGGCUAAACUAAACUUCCCGUUUAUGGAUUACACUUCGUCUACUUCUUCCCCUGUUGCAGCAGCUGAUGAUGUAGUAGCGAAUGUGAGUGCAAGUGCGAGUACGAGCGUAAGUGCAGCGGAUUCUGUGGAAGCAGAGCAGUGGCAUGGUGGAGGAGGGGAUUGUGAUAUGGAUGAGUAUUUGAAGAUGAUGAUGAUGGAUUUUGGGAAUGGAGAUUCUUCUGAUUCUGGAAACACUAUUGCUGAUAUGUUCCAGUGA